AUGGUGCGCCAUCGCCUUGUGAUAAAGGGUACUUCUGCCCUGCUUGGCCAACUGAAAACUGUCGCAAGCAGGCGCCACGGAGAGGCCUACAGAUACUUCGCCUCUGCCAAUCAAGACAUUUUGGUGUAUGGUGCCAACACAGAUGUAGGAAAGACGGUGGCGUGUGCUGCCAUCUGCCAUCAGGCAUUGGUCAGGGGGCAGCGAGUUGCAUACAUCAAACCUGUGCAAACGGGAGACGAAACUGAUGCGGCAGCGAUUCGCGAGCAUUGUUCUCGGGGUGGUGGCAUGACAGAUGCCCUUCGCCUGGAGACUUUGUUCCAUUAUCCAUCACCCGAGUCGCCUGCGAGUGCCGCCGAGAAGGCUGGAGCUCGGCCUCCACAAGAUGCGGAAUUCCGUGAGGCGGUGCUUGCUUCUUUGCGGAAGGAGAGAGAGGAGCAGUCGGGAGUCUUAGCGAUCUUGGAGACUGCCGGCGGGCCUUUGAGCCCCGGCCCGAACCACACCUUUCAAGCCGACAUCUAUGCCCCCUUAAGCCUGCCCUGCGUCUUGGUGGGUGACUCGAAGCUGGGCGGGAUCUCCGCCACUGUCUGCGCCUACGAGGCUUUGGUCGCUCGCAAGCAGCGGCCAAAGGCAAUCUUGUUCAUCGGCAGUGAGGGAAGGCACAGCAAUGCCAGUGCAGUGCAGAAGGCACUACCCGACGUGCCAGUGAUUUCGGUGCCUUCCACACCACCACAGCAGGAACCCUUGACGGCGUGGUUGUCACAGGAUCAAGUGGCGAAAGGCAUGUCUGCACUCUUAGACGCCGAGGCAGAGUCCGAGGCAUCCAGUCUUGAGGAGCACUUGAGGCUGGAUCGUGAGCAUCUGUGGCAUCCCUACACAAGCAUGGUCAAGCCGGGUCUUGUUUGGCCUGUCCGAAGUGCAAGUGGUUGUCAUAUUCAGCUGGAGGAUGGUCGGAGACUUGUCGAUGGCAUGGCCUCUUGGUGGUGUGCGAUUCAUGGUUACAAUGUGCCAGAGUUGAACGCGGCUGCCGCUCACCAGCUAAGCCAGACCAGCCAUGUGAUGUUUGGUGGCUUGACGCACCGCCCAGCCACAGACCUCGCCAGAGUCCUCCUGAGCUGCGUGCCUCGGGGCCUUAGCCGGAUUUUUCUCUGCGACAGUGGCAGUGUCAGUGUGGAGGUGGCACUGAAGAUGGCGUUGCAGUACUGGGCGACCCAAGGGCUCCCACGAAAGUGCCGCAUUGCUACCGUGCAGCGUGGAUACCACGGUGACACCUUCGGGGCCAUGGCUGUGUGCGACCCUGUGCGUGGGAUGCAUAGCCUCUUCAAGAAUUCCUUGCCUCAGCAUCUCUUUGCUGAAGCGCCGGCCCUCGCGCGACCCAAAGAUGCGAAUGAGGGUGCCGCUUCGGACAGUGAUGGCUUUGCCAGCAUGGAGGAAAUGCUUCGACAGAAUGCAGAAGAUGUUGCGGCUGUCAUCAUUGAGCCAGUUGUUCAAGGUGCAGGCGGCAUGCGGAUAUACAGCCCGUCGUAUUUGGUGAAGCUGCGGAAACUCUGUAACGAUCUGCAGAUCCUGUUGAUUUUUGACGAGAUUGCAACGGGCUUCGGCCGAACCGGCAAGCUUUUUGCUGCAGAGCACGCUCAGGUGACCCCAGACAUCAUGUGUGUAGGCAAGGCUUUGACGGGUGGUUACUGCACGCUUGGUGCCACCAUUGCCUCAGACGAUGUGGCUCGUCGAGUAAGUGGCAAAGAUGGGACACAGCCCCUGAUGCAUGGCCCAACUUUUAUGGCAAACCCUUUGGCUUGUUCGCUUGCUGCUGCCAGCAUCCGGCUCCUGUUGCAAGGGGACUGGCAACACAGGGUGGCCGCUAUCGAGAAGCAGCUGGCGAAGGAGCUUCUUCCUUUAAAGGAGCAUGGGGCAGUGUCAGAUGUGCGAGUGCUAGGUGCCAUCGGAGUGGUGGAGCUGCGUAGCCCACCCAAGGAACCCGCCAAGCUGCAGCAAGCGCUGGUUCGGCAAGGGGUGUGGCUCCGACCUUUCGGCCAAACCAUCUACACAAUGCCACCCUACAUCAUUUCAGAGCAGGAGCUCAGGUGCAUUACCAAGGCCAUUGUCGAAGUGCUUGAAGAAGGAAUCGAGCUCACAGAUUAG